GACACAAUAUACCUACAUUUUGAAUUGAUAUCUAACCCAGAAUGUUUAAAGUAACAGCAACAUUGUUUACUAUCAUGGUGGCAAGCACGGGUUUGGCAGCCGCAAAGUCACGGCCCCGGGGAUUGUGGACUAUGACUAAUGGGGUUGGCGGGGAAGAGCGCUUCAACAUGAGCACAGCCAAUAUUGUGCGUGGGUUUCUCAUCGAUGACGAAACUGGCCAGGCCGAUGACAUGUACGAGUUCAAGACGGGUGGCAAAGGCUUGCCUGUGAAAAUAGAAAGAGAUAUAUUUAAAUUCUGGUCCGAUAGUAUGGGUUCAAUACGGCCUUUGCAUUCCAUAGCAACCAACGACAGGAACGGAGACCAGCGUUUCUUGUUGGCAAUCAUUGCUGGAGACCCGAGUUUCAGUGUGAUGCAGAUCGAUCCCCAGUUGGGAUUGGAACUGAAACACAGACAGGAAUUAAAUGGGUUACUACCGUGCUCUCUUGACUAUCACGAAGAAUUGGGUCUGAUCGCCGUCAUCACUUGCGGCGAAGAAGGAACUUUGGAGAUGUUCAACUUUGAUACCAAGACCGGAAAAACAAAGAGCGCAGGUGACACAGUACAACUCGAGGUCGAGCAAACAAAGGUGGAACAGUAUGACUUUGCCUUCUCAGAAGAUACGGCACCGGCACAAGUAAGCUUCACACCACGUGGAGAGGGUCUGGUGGUGUUAUAUCAUGGAGAAGAGGAUAAUUAUAAAGGGUUGGUCUACUAUCAUUUGAACGAUGAUGGUACUGUUGAAACAGGAGGCGAGAAAGGUCCGGCAACCACUGAGCUUGCAAAUCCAGACACAGAGUUAUAUCCAAUUUUUAACCCUUUCGGAUUCUGCACGGUGAACAGUGAUCAGGUUGAUGAGGGAGAUGUGCUGAUCAUGCUCACCAUUGCUGGAACUUGGGAUGUAUCGACAUACAAAGCUAACAUCAAAGAUGGCAAGUUUAAAAAAUCGACACCACUUCCGCGGGCCGGUUUCCGUGUUGGUGCCAGUACUCCAGGGGUAAAUAUUACACAACCAACGGAAGUAGAGGCUCUAUGUCAAUUGGAACUCUGGAUCCAGCGACUGGGAAGAUUCAGUCAGAGCUGGAUGAGUAUUCUAUGGGAGCCCAGUUCAACUUCGGCGCUACUAACAACGAGACCCAGUACAACGUAGGCGGUGUGAAUUUGGCCGUUUCUAACCCUUCUGAGGGCGAGGAAGGCAAGUCAUUCCUGUACGCGAAUGCCCAAGGCUUGGCAGAGAUGGUGGCUCUAGAUAUAACUGGCCAAGGUAACUCUAAACGUCCUACUUCGGUUGUCAAACGUCUAGCGUCUGUUCGCUACCCUGCUACUUUCAUUAGCAGCUUGGGAGUGACCACAAUCGAUGCACCUUCGGAUGAGUAAAAGUGGAGAAUGUCAAUUCUCAGAAUCUCCAAGUAUGAAGCGUGCAAUUCAGUUGAUUUUAAAAAUAUAAGGUACUAUACACUUUGAUCUUAAGCCUCCUUCCAAUUUUCACCUAAUAUUACAAGUUUAAAGCGCGCAUCAAAGCGUUUGUCCGCUGUAUGCACGCGCACAGAGCUCCGAAUGAAUUAUCUAAACUAGAAUGUAUAUAUAUAUUUGUGUAGGAGUACACAGAUAAUUGGCAUACCGUUUUGCAGUAGAGAGCACAGCUUGUAGUACGAUGGCUAUUAAGACAUCGUUCACACGUCCGUAUAUGAAGCUUUCAUUAAGCCCGAAUCAGACGUAACUUGGUAUUGAAUUUUUGUACGAUCCUACUUCGAUACCACUGUCAAUCUAUAUACUGGUUUCACCACUGUCUACUAUUGAUCAAGGAGCUUGAGGCCUGCACAGCGUUGACAAAUCUACAUCGACAUCUGCAUCUAUUAACCGAUCGCAAGGGUACGGCUUAGAAAGUGGCCCUGGAUAUUCUGAGAUUACUCACUCGGCUCUUAUGUCCCCUUUACACCCAGCACUCAUCAUGUUAAGAAGACAGGCGCAAGCAAAUGAACACUCCUGCGAAUUAUUGAGGCCCC